AUGGACCCUAUUUUUCACAUUUUUCUUCUUCUUCUGGCCUUUCACAGGAUAAACCCCUCUCUUUCGUCUUGUGUCACAGGAUGCUCUUGCUCUAAAGACAGUUUUGGAAGGAGUUUGCUCUGUAUGUCUGCGCUGCUAACGAAGAUCCCUGAAAAUAUCCCUCAAGACAUCAGAAAAAUUAGGAUAGAAAACUCUCACCUAACAGAAUUGCCGCGUGGGUCGUUUUCAAAUGUCAGUGCCUUGGAGUACCUUUGGCUCAAUUUUAACAACAUCACGGUUAUGCACCUGAAGAGCCUAGCAGACCUGCAGGCCUUGAAGGAGCUGCGGUUGCAGGGGAACAAAUUAAGCUCAGUGCCAUGGACAGCAUUUCAGGACACCCCAGCUCUGAAAAUCCUGGAUCUGAAGCACAACCGGCUGGAUGUCCUCCCUGAACAUGCACUCAGGUAUCUGCCUAACCUGACCUAUUUAGAUCUAUCCUCAAAUCAGCUUACUGUCAUUUCCAGGGAUGUCUUCUCCAGCUGGCCCGUCUACCAGAGGAGCCAGCGGGCAGAAGGGAAGAUGGACCAUACUGCCAAUGCCGUCCUGGCCCUUCACGGCAACCCGUGGAUUUGCGACUGUCGCCUGAGGGGAUUUGUCCAGUUUAUCAAAUCCGUUGGCCCACCUAUUAUUCUGAUGAAUUCUUAUUUAACUUGUUCAAGCCCGAAAUUCAGGGCGGGGAAGUUUUUCCAUGAAGUGGAGCUCAACAGCUGCAUGAAGCCGCUUACCUCAGCCCUUGACACCAACCUGACAGUGCCAGUGGGGCUGAAUGUCACCCUGACCUGCUACGUGCAAGCCAGCCCUUCCCCAGCCGUCUGGUGGACCUAUGGACUCAAACUUUUAAGGGCAUUUAAUGCUCCAGCCUAA